AUGAAGUUGAAAGAAUUAGAAAGCAUUCUGCAAGACUGCAAAGUGUUUGAACAACCUAAAAUUCAAUUUGAACAAUACCCAACAACCCCUCACUUGGCUGCCAGAAUGCUCUAUACUGCUGAUACAGUCUAUGAUGAUGUUGAGAAUAAAGCAGUGGGUGAUUUUGGUUGUGGUUGUGGCAUUCUGAGCAUCGCAGCCAAUAUUUUGGGAGCAGGCAUUGGUUUUGAUAUUGAUUCAGAUGCCAUUCAGAUAUCUCAAGAGAAUUGCGAGGCAUUUGAAGUAGAAAUGGAUUUCAUAAAUACAGAUUUAAGUGAAGCAAAGUUAGAUGAGUUUAGAGGCAAAUUAGACACAAUCAUCAUGAAUCCCCCUUUUGGUACCAAGAGCAAUAAGGGUAUUGAUAUGGUUUUGUUAAAGAAAGCGGUUGAGGUUGCAGGUACAGCAGUUUAUUCACUGCAUAAGACUUCUACAAGAGAUCACAUAGAGAAAAAAGCAAAAGAAUGGGGUGUGACAUUUGAGGUGGUGGCAGAACUAAAGUUUGAUGUACCAAUGAUGUAUAAAUUUCACAAGAAAAAGAAUGUAGAAAUUGCAGUGGAUUUCCUUCGAUUUGAAAAACAAGCAUAG